AGUCGUGUACGUAACGUCGUCGAGUUGCAAACGUUUGCGGUAAAUCGCAAAUUAUUAGACCCAUAAGCAGCAGCAGUAGCAGCAGCACUGGCAUCAGCAGCAGCAGCAGCAGCAGCAGCGGUGCAUUCAAACUAAAUUUGAAAACUGCGGGCACAUUUAAAAAUCGAAUCUCGUUUGGUCUAUGACAAUACAAACGCACUUUCUUCGCAACGCAUUAACCAGGUGCGUGUGCGUAUAGAGAGGAGAGAGCAAGAUAAAAAUAUAUAUUUAAGAGUAAGCGGCGCGAGUGUGUUUUUGUGUAUGUGUUAGUACGGUUGUUGCGCCUCAAAUUGAACACAUUGAACACACAAUUCAUAAAUCAAAUCAGUAAACGCGAGUGUGUUUAUUUUGUAUUUCGGUAAUUUGGUUCGACAACAAUAAAAGCAUUUCCCUAUGAUUGGCUCAUUCUGGAAUCUGUGCAGAGCGUGCCCAUCAAUGCCGGUAGACAAGCUCCAUUCGGAGUAUAGGAGCACUUAUCGUUGGCAUGAAUUUACGGGCAAUUCAAGGCCGGAGGUUGUGCGUCGGGCGCCAGCGCCAAAUCCCAGUCAAUUUGUUGGUCCGACAAAUGAGCCGCCAUUGCCACGACGAAAGAAAUGCCCGGAAUUAGCAUAUAAAUCGCAUGAGUUUAUUAUAGGAUCGGAAUAUACAGAUGCACGUCGAGAUGCCAGCGCGCAUCGUUCGGCAAGGUCGGAGGAGAGGGGCACACCUUCACGCCGUAGCAAAUCGGAAGGACCACCCGUUGUGUCCAAUGGACGAGCCUAUCCCGCUGCAACGGAGAUCGAUGGAACUACAAGUAAACAGGCGGGUGAGUCAAAUGGCCUAUUCAAAAAGACCAUCACAAAAUUGAGCACUGAGUAUCGCCUGCAAUUCGUUUGGCCGAAUGUCCGACGCAUUAAGGGCGCCGAUUCAAACGUAACGACGACGGCGAGGGCCGCGGCCGGUGACUACCCAAGAAAGUCAAUAUCAUUGGGCGCGAUCCGAUCGGGUCAGCCGGGCCAGCCGACGCACAGUCACACACAUCAAUAUCAAACGAUGGGUGCCGGCUUGCCAACGGUGCAUAAAAAACGUACAACAAAUCAGAAAGAAGCUACUCUGCAUGAGCUGGAGCCUUUGGUUAGCGAUACGGAUGAUAGAAAAACACACGAGAAACAAGUAAACUUUGUGGAGCGCAAAAUUGCCACACGUCCGUUUUCGCAAACAAUUGAUCAGGAGCGGCUCAAUCACUUCAUAACGAAAAAGGAGAACUUUGGAUUUGCAGCUGCUGCGGCUGCCAAGGAUGCCAAGGAUGAUAACAGGCAGCAGCCAUCGACAGCAGCAGCUGAUGUUACAGAUCAGGGUCAAGUGGUGGUCAUGAAUGGCACUGCACCGCCGCACUCAAAACCGAAUUUGGAUUUGUGGUUCAAGGAGAUGGUCGAGCUGCGCAAAAAAGCUGGCGAAUACAAGUGUCGCGGCUGGGGCAUAGAAAUCGAUCCGGAAUUGUAUAAGAAACAAAAGGAUUUAUGGGAUCAGGUUUCAAAGCGCAGUUCGCUUUCAGCAUUGUCAUUAGCAUCCACAGUCCAUAGACCCAUCACUAAAGAGGAGAAGGAGCAAGAGAAUAACAAAAAGUCAACGCCAUUGGAGAAAACGAUUCCGCAGAAGCCGCGAGUUCCUGGCCAAGCCUAUUUGAUUGAUAACAAAGAUGAGAUUUCUGCACUGCCAGCACGUUUUAACAAUAUACGCCAUCAUUUGGAACGCACCACGGGUCCGGAUGUUGAGGAAGGCGCCCUGCUGCCAUCGCCAACGCGCGAGAAACUCAUGCCUGCUAUUACUAAACGUGAAUCGGAAUCUCAGCGUGGCAGUCCCAAGAAAACGGCACUCUCACGACAUGGAUCGCCUCAAAAAGGCAGCCCCCAGAAGGGCAGCCCCAAGAAGGUUCUCAAAACACGCUCACAAUCUGUUGGUCCUGGCGUCGAGAAUGAGUCACCCAAGCGUCAGAUUCGCUCGGCGAGUCAAGCGCCCACGAGCCGUAAAAAGGCACCAACGGCGCCCUCUGCGACAUCGGCUGGAACUGAACGUAAGCCACGCCCAUCCACCUUAUCCACAACAUUCCAAUCCCGCAUUAAAAGUAGUUCCCUACCACCGCCUAUCGGUAAAGUAGCCGCAGCGCCAACAGCAGCCGCAGCCGCAGCAGAAGCAACCGCAGCCGCAACAGCAGCAGCAACAUCCGCCCGAGCAACAGCAUCAUCCAAUGCUAAUCAUGCCAAUCAAUCACAUGUAUCACUAUGCAAGAGCUACAACAACAAAAAUAACAAUUAUGGCAACAAAAUUAAUAAAUCAUCAUCAUCAAGUCAACAACAGCAACAGCAGCAACAGCAACAGAAGCAGCAACAACAGCAAAUGCGUAAGAAAGACAAAGAUAGAUCGAAUAUUAGUUGCAUUGGUAUUGGUAGUCAAGUUGGUGCUGGUAGCGGUAACGGUAGUAGUGCAAAUAGUGCGAAGCAUCAACAAAACAAACAGAAGCAGCAGCAGCUUCAACAGCAGCAACAGCGAAAGCAACAGCAACAGCAACUACAACAAGUACAAGCUCAACAGCAGCACCAACCACAACAACAACAACUAUCAUCUGACAUGGCAGCAACAUCAGCAUCGACAUCAGUUCCAUCAGCAACAUCAUCCACGGCCCCGACCCGACCUGCCACCAUCAACAUCAAACGCCUUACGGUACCAGGUCAGGAUAGAAAAUUGGCUGAAAAUGAUUCCGAAGAUGGCCGUGAGACUGCCAUUUCAAUUUCCAGCUGCAGUCCACAGCCAGUGCCUGAGGUGCCCGAUGAGCCAUUGGUGAAAUCGCCACCAGAGCCGACAAGGGUCAAGUCGCCUGAGCAGAUCAUAAUGCGCUCUCCCGAUCCAGUCAACUGGACGGUGCCCUUGGACACUGGCAAGACAUUUACGGUCACACAGAAUGUCAAAGAGGGCGAGAGCUAUAGCCGACCACAGAGCGAGAUAAAAGCGUCAACACCGGUGGAAAAGCCACCACCGCCACCACAAUCGGCACCUCCACAACUAACCGAACAGGCUAAAAUGGACGCCUGGAAGUCCAGCAGCCCAACCACAAGCGCCGCUGCCUAUGGCAAAACAUUGACGCCAAUACAGCAACCGGGCGGCGCUGUGCGCUGCGAUGCCAACAAGCCGGGGCCGGAGCAGGCCAUGUCAUCAUCAUCAUCGACAGCGACUGCAUCCACGGCACGAUCGACAGCCGCCGAUGUGCUGGAGAAGGCUCGUGACCGAUUCGAUCGUUUCUGGGGCGGCACCAGCAACGCCAGCAAAGAGGAGAGUGUCUAAAGUUUCUAGAUCAAGAUUCAAGUGCAAAAUGUAUUUGGCAAAAUAAUAAUAAUAAACAAAAAAAAAGAAAAUGAAAAGUAACAAUUACUAAAUUCAAUUAACCAAAUGAGCAAUACUCGUAAAU